AUGGCGGAGACCCCGCGCCUGACACAGCCACCUACCCUGCGAGGCGCGUGGACAGAACGCGGCACGAGGACCGGCUCCGGCCACAGCCCUGCCUGGAAGAGGCUGCUUCUUACGCAACAGGGCGCCCUGCUCGCAUCCUGCACUUGGUCUGCCUCCUCCGAGCUGCCCUCGUCUGCGUCUCGGGACCCCUUGACUGAAGGAGCCAGUGCCCUGCCCGUCCCUGGAAGCCUCGAUGGCACUCUCACUGCCUCUUGGUUCCGACGGCAGAGGCCAGAAGCCAUGAUCUUCUCCCCUGAUGGCCUCCCAGGGCCUGGCCACACUGCCCGGGAGAUGCUGGACACCCAAGGCAGCCUGGUCAUCAGGAGCGUGAUGGCUCACGACUCGGGCAGCUCCACUGUGGUGCUGGAAACCAGCCAGGGACGCAGGAGAGGGACGGAGCAGAUACGUGUCAAGGCGCUCUGGCUGGCUGAGGAGGCUCUGGCAGCCAGUGAAAGCCUUCAGGCAACAGAUGCGGAUGCUGAUAGCCCUGGAAGUGUGGGUGGCUUCCAUCAACCCGAGCCCCUGCUGCGCUGGACCCUCAACGGGGAGCCCCACGGGAGCGGAGAGGAGCUGAUCAUCCAGAGGUUGUCCUGGGAACACCUGGGCACCUGUGUGUGCGCGGCCAGGAACAGCCAGGGACAGUAUUUCUCUGAGCCUGUGACCGUCUUGCUGCCGCAUGAGCCCCCCACGCACACCCCAGACGCCUGCACCUUUGCUGGUCAGAGGCCGGCUUUCCUGGUUCUGUUGAGCCACCUUCUAUGA